AUGACGGCGCAAUCAUGGACCCUCCGUGCCUUCCCCACGUGGCGGGAGCCCCUGCCCGAAAUAGUGCGCCGGACGGACUCCGACCUCAACCUCAACCUCAACCUCAACCUCGACCUCGACCUCGACCUCGACCUCGCUUCAUCUUCCUUGCGGGACCGUCCCAGACUUGCCUUAGAGGCAGACAGCUCGAGCUUCACACAACAAGCCAUCCUCCCAUAUGGUCAAGCCAAGACGGCGAGUCGACGCGGAAAUGGUCAUUCCCGCCGGCCCUCAUCGUCGGGCACAAGAUACGUGCUGCGCUGCCUGAUCAACCAGGACAUUCCCCUGAACGAGGGGUGCCUGCGGCCCUUGACCCUCACCAUCCCCGAGGGUUCCAUCCUCAACCCUUCGCCUACAGCCGCUGUCUGCGCCGGCAACCCCAUCACCUCGCAGCGCGUGACGGACGUGGUCAUCAAGGCCUUCGGGGCGUGCGCGGCCAUCCAGGGUGACUGUACCGUCUUCUUAUUUGCCACGGACCGCAACGUCGACGCCUUCGGAACACCGAUCCCCAACACCGGAUUCGGAUUCGGGGAGACCAUCUGUGGCGGCAGCGGCGCCGGGCCUAGGUGGCAUGGCAUCUCGGGCGUGCACAUCCACAUGACUAACACGCAUAUCACCGACGUGGAGGUCCUAGAGAAGCGGUACCCCGUGGUCCUGCGCGAGCUCAACAUCCGUCCAGGCAGCGGCGGGGAUGGUAUCCCACGCAUGUACGAGUUUGGCCGUGACAUGACCAGCUCCAUCGUGAGCGAGCGCAGGGCAUACCGGCCGUACGGGAUGUAG